AUGAUGAUGAAGGACAAUAUAUGUAAUGUAUUGCAGGGUUUUAAACCAACUUUGUUAAUGGUUAUGGUUCAAAUAGCAUUUGCUGGUGUUAAUAUUCUCUACAAACUUGCUGUUAAUGAUGGCAUGAACUUAAGAGUCGUUGUUGCUUACCGUUUCAUAUUCUCAACCGCUUUCAUAGCUCCACUUGCUUUCAUCAUUGAAAGGAAGAAGAGGACAAAGAUGACAUGGAAGAUACUGUUUCAGUCAUUUCUGUGUGGUUUAUUUGGUGGAUCAUUAGCUCAAAACUUCUACUUAGAAGCCUUGGUUUUAACUUCACCAACAUUUGCAUCAGCAAUGGCCAACCUUGUACCAGCUAUAACCUUUAUAAUGGCUGUUUCCUUCGGUUUGGAAAAAUUAAAUUUUAGAACAAAAGCUGGAAAGGCAAAGAUAAUAGGUACAAUGACUGGAAUUAGUGGAGCAAUGGUAUUAACAUUUGUUAAAGGUAUUGAAAUAAAUAUUGGUUCAUUCCAUUUAAACCUUUUGCAUCAUCAAAACGGUGACGUAUCAGCGCACUCACCACAAGCUACUACAAUCUCCACUAGUAAUACUAUUUUUGGUUCUCUAUGUGCUUUGGCUAGUAGCAUCUCUUAUGCAUUAUGGCUCAUUAUUCAUGCAAAGAUGAGUGAAAAAUAUCCAACUCAUUAUUCGAGUACAGCUUUGAUGUCAUUUUGGGCUUCAUUGCUUUCUAUUGUGUUUGCUCUUUGUUUUGAGAGGGAGUUUAGUGAGUGGAAGUUGGGGUGGAAUAUUAGGUUAUUCACAGUUGCUUAUGCGGGUAUAGUGGUUUCUGGAGCAAUGGUUUGUGUAAUUUCUUGGUGUGUACACAUGAGAGGACCAUUGUUUGCAUCUGUUUUUAACCCUUUGAUGCUUGUCUGUGUGGCCUUGGCCAGUUGUACAAUCUUGAAUGAGAAGUUACACCUCGGAAGCAUUAUUGGAGCAAUGUUGAUUGUAUGUGGUUUAUAUGCUGUUGUAUGGGGUAAAAGUAAAGAGAUGAAGAAAAAGAAUCAACUAGCUCCAUCACAAAGCAUUGAUAAAGUUGACACAGUUGAAAUUGUUGUGAGGCCUGUAGUUGAAGCCAAAAGCAAACAUAGCAACAGUAGUAAUUCACAUGUUAUUAAUGAUAAUGAUGAUUCACAAAAACACGAACAUGUACAAGAUCAAGAAAAAGGAGGGGGUGUAGAAGAAAUUUUACGGAAUGACUAA